AGGCCCAGUCAAAUUACUAGAGAAGUAUUGAGUUAGAGAGCGGUUGUCUGCAUCCUGGAGAGACACACUGUCGAACACAUGGCGCGCGCGCUCCUCCGCCGCGCCUGCGCACUCUCCGCCGCCGCUGCGCCGCCCAGACUUGCCAGCGCCUUGGCUUCCACCUCCACAGUAGCGCCGCUGCGCUCACCCCUCGACGACCGCCUCCACCGCCUCCUCCGCUCCGAGAUCACCUACCUCGCAGAGCGCCGCCCUCCCUACCCGCCGCCGAGGAGCUUCAAGUCGUUCGCCGUGGAGGACCGUCCCGGGGAGCAGUGGGUGCGCCUCCGCUCCCGCGCGGGAGCCGAUGAGGAGGUCGAGGUCGAGGCCACCAUGUUCGACGGCGCCGCGGAGCCGCUCCCCGAGGACGCGCCCCUCUUCCGCCGCGUGGAGUCCCUCGAGCGCGGCCCGCGCCUCCACCUCAGCCUCAUCGUCGAGGUCACCCGGGGCGACCGCGUCCUCGGCUUCAUCUGCUCCGCCUGGCCCGACGAGCUCGCCGUCCGCCACGUGCUCGCCCUCAGGGCUGGCAGUGGCGGCGCCAGUAGCGAUGGCGCUCGUGGUGGUGGUGGUCGCAGUUUCGUGAAGCUGGGUGCUGGGGAUAGGGAAGCAGUGACGAAGUUCUUGAAGGAGAGGGAGGUGGACGAGGAGCUCGCUGAAUUCUUGCAUGGUUACAUGGCGAACAAAGAGAAGAUGGAGCUUCUCCGGUGGUUGAAGACCGUAGAAUCAUUCCUUGACAAGUAGGAUAAGAACACAGACAUAACAGGCACCCUGCUGUUUGAAGCACGAUUUCCCCUAGGAUGAUCUCCUGCAGUCACUGUGCAUUAUCCUCCUUAAUGCCGUGCUAUAUGUCUGUUUACUCAUUUUGUUGCUGAAGAAGUUUUAUUUUUUCACUUUUCAUAGUAGCUCAGUGCUCAUGGAGAUCGAUGGCCUGAAUAUCCUACCGUAUUGUCAUUUCCUUGUGAUCAAGAAUGUUGUCAAUCGUGUAUCCGUUGAAAUAUGUGCCGUUUGACUUUUUGCAACA